AUGUCAUUAGAACAACCACAUCCUGAAUCAGGCCAUCAAUUGAAGAAAAUAUUCAACAAAUUAAGUGGACAACCAGAAUCUUAUGCCCGCAAACAAAAUUACACCUUUGGUAAAACCUUGGGUGCUGGGUCAUUCGGUAUUGUAAGAUACGCUAGGGAUAACGUUACUAAUGAAGAAGUGGCGGUGAAGAUCAUACUUAAAAAAGCAUUGAAAGGUAAUGAAUCAAUGAUUAUUGAUGAAAUGCAAUUAUUGGAACAAUUGGAUAAUCCUCAUAUUGUUGGAUUUAGAGAUUGGUUUGAGAGUAAAGAUAAAUUUUAUUUAGUCACUCAAUUAGCCACUGGUGGAGAAUUAUUUGAUAGAAUUGUUCAAAAGGGGAAAUUUACAGAACAUGAUGCUUCAUUAGUUGUUAUUCAAAUGUUGGAAGCUUUGGAAUAUUUACAUAAUAAAGAUAUUGUUCAUCGUGAUAUUAAACCAGAAAAUAUUUUAUAUUUAACUCCUGCAGAAGAUUCACCUGUUGUUUUAGCAGAUUUUGGUAUUGCUAAAAGAUUACAAAAUUCAAAUGAAAAAUUGACUUCAUCUGCUGGUUCAUUUGGAUAUGCUGCUCCAGAAGUUAUUUUGGGCAGUGGUCAUGGUAAACCUUGUGAUAUUUGGUCAUUAGGUGUUGUUACUUAUACAUUAUUAUGUGGAUAUUCUCCAUUUAGAUCAGAAAAUGUUCAAGAUUUUAUUAAUGAAGUUAAACAUAAUAAUGCAGUUAUUUUCCAUGCUGAUUAUUGGAAAGAUGUUUCAAAAGAUGCACGUAGAUUCAUUAUCAAGGCAUUACAGUAUAAUCCAGACAAUCGUCCUACAGCAAGUGAACUUUUAAAUGAUCCAUGGUUGGUUUCUAUUGCUCGUGAAUAUAAAGACACCGAUUUGUUACCAAACUUGAAACAAGGAUUUGAUGCUAAACAGAAAUUUAGACAAGCUAUUGAAUUAGUUAAAUUGAAUAAUAGAAUCAAGAAAUUGAAAGAAUGGCAAACUGAUGAAGAUGAUGAUCCUUCAGAAAUUAAUUUGUUUAAUGAUCAUGGAUCUCAUCAUGAAUUAAAAGAUGCAGCUUCAAGUUUAAGUGUGCCACAAGAACAUCCGGUACGUUCAUCUUCUCCAUUAAAUACUUGGAAGAAAUUCAAUGAUGUAGUGAAUUCAUUAGAUAACGAUCGUUCUAGAGCUUCAUUGUCAUCAUUCAAAUCACCAUAUGAUCUUUCGCAUUCAAAUAGAGGAACUGAAGUUGGAGUUGGGGAAAAGAGUAAUCCAGCAGCAGGAAAUGCAUUCGUUCAAUUAGUUAAAACUGCCACAGCUCAUAAAGACAAAGUUUCUAAUUAUCAAGAAGGAGAUGAACAAAAGGACAAUACUCAUUGA